AUGCGCAACUAUCUACCCCAUCUCCCUAGUCCAUCGGUGAACGAAGCUGUGGCAGCUAGAGCAACUGUGCAACAACUAAGAGGGUCGGCUUUGAUUUCUCAGCACCUAACACACCAGUUAUGUGCUGAAAUCGUCUGUUCCUGGCUAGUUGACCGUAUCGUCCACGUGUCGGACGAUACGGCAGAUCACUGUACACUUUCAAACACUUCGAAGAAUGAAUCUUAUAAUCUCCGGAUACUUUUGCAUAUCCUUUUCAUAAUUUUGCUUGCAACAAAGCUCUAUUUUGAGCAUUUUCUUGAAAUUUUGCUACUGCUUUGGUUGUUCGCCUCCACUUUAUACGUUCAUAAGUCCAUACGGCAGGAUGUCUUCAGCAGAUGCCAUGACGAGCGGGUCUAUGACUGCCUGUUGUCCUCUUCAGUUGCAACUUGCUACCUAAUUUUUCUCCAUUUUUCUCUUGGAGACAGAGGAUUGUAUCGAAUCUUCGUUUUCCUCCCUCCAUAUUCUGCUAUGGAUGAUUUGUGGUUCGUCUUCUGGACUUGUGCAUUAGUGGACGGAACCAUGAAGAUUGUUUCAUCACUUUGCAAAAGCUUAUUCGUAAUCAUUCCACGGCGUAACCUGUCAACAUACAGAUUGGGCACGGUAUUGGUGACUUUGGAGUGCUGCUCAUUAGUGAUUCGGAACAUCUAUCCUUGUUUUAUAUGGAUUUUGUUCUUCACCGAGAUCAAUGGAUCGUAUCAGAGUCCUCUGUUCCAGAAGAUACUGUUGACAAUGUUUUACUGCGUACUGAAGAUCGGAUCGUUUGUGUACUGUUUGCGUUCACUAAAGCAAGUAUGGCAAAGUCUCUUCGCUCCCCCGCCAUUCAAGGUGGAACCACUGGUCACCCAACGUUGCAUUCUAUGCCGCGGAGAUUACACGCUUGCCGGUGUGCUGCGGUGCAACCAUUCAGUUUGUGAGUCAUGUGUGCAAACAUGGUGCAGUCGUCACACCUUUUGUCCGACGUGCAACGUGACCUUUUCCCAUCAGACUCAGUGGCGUGACGGAUCGAUGGACUUAUUCAUCCAGCUAUACUAGCUCAUUGGAUGCACUUUUCGGACACCUGUUUCAAGUGCCUUCCUCCCGUGCUUUUUUCUGCCCGCCGUAUAUUUAGUAAUUGAAGAUUUCCAUCUUUGUUUAAAAUCUCACGAGUUUUGGAUGACAUCAAAUUUCGAUUCCUUGCCUGGUCUGUUUGCUAGUCCACACGUUCACUUUGGCGAAUAUGGCUGUGAUGUAGUAUGUGUUUUGUUUGAAUGUUCCUUUUUUUGCUACCGAUUUCUGACAUUAUCUUUGUUGUACAGCCGCGUUUUGUUUCAUCGGCCAGACUGCUCCAAGCCCAUGGUUUCCUUAUGUGGAAACCAGAUGGUACAUAUCCUUGCUGGCUUCCCAGAUUUAUUCUUGGUGAAUAAAUGC